UUGUGUUUCCCCAGGCUUUGACUUUAUUGUGCAUGAGGGCAUUUUCCUGCGCGCGAGACUACUGUGCAAGGUUCUGUGCAACAAGUUUGCAGGAGCCCCAGCGCGCCGCCGUGCACACAGGUUCACUUUGCUUUGGCUGGAGCAGAGAGGAGAGGGUCUCCGCUCGUCUGUCUGUCGCUGUCACCACUAAGUCCCUGUACGUGAGCGCAGCGUCGCAGCCAAGCGCGCGCGCACACACACACACUUACACUUACACACGCACACGCACAGGAGAGUGUGCCACAAAAUUCGUGACUCCGCGCCAGAUGCAGUUUGCUCCCCACAGCGUGUGUUGCUGAAUGGAGAUCGCGAAGGCAAGAGGAGCAUCAAAGUGCGUGGAGAAAAUGGAGAAAGUGGCGCCUGAGAAGCGAGGGCAUCGCCGCACAACACUGCUGAACAUAAUCUCGUCUUUAUGUUCAGUGGCGUCCGUCGCCUUCUGCGUCCUUCUGAGCAUUAACGCAGCGGACAUUCAGAACCGGGUUGUGGAUUUGGAGAGUGUGAAUGGCGGGCAGACCUUGAUCCGCGCCCCCGGUUCCUCCAUGGAUGACUUGAGCUCACUGGUUCAACAGAGAGUUGAUGAGCUGCUCUCGCAGCGCUCCUAUGAAAAUUUUGUCAAGAUUCGGACUGCCAGACAAACCUCACCUGAAUGCAACUGCCCUCCAGGACCUCCGGGAAAGCGAGGAAGAAGAGGCCGCGAUGGAGAACCUGGACCUUCUGGUACUCCAGGUCCAAAGGGUGAAAAGGGGGAUCAAGGCGACCAGGGACCACGGAUGGUCUUCCCUAAGAUCAAUCAUGGCUUUCUUUCCGCUGACCAGCAGCUCAUAAAGCGACGUCUCAUUAAGGGAGAUCAGGGGCAGGCGGGAGCGCCUGGGCCUCCGGGGCCACCGGGCCCUCCGGGGCCGAGGGGGCCUCCAGGGGACACGGGGAAAGAUGGGCCCAGAGGUGUGCCUGGACUAGCAGGUGAUCUGGGGCAGCCUGGAGAAAUAGGACCUGUGGGGCCUGAGGGGCCAGAAGGGCAAAAGGGUUCCUUUGGGCUUCCUGGAAGCCCAGGUGAUGAUGGACUGAAGGGGGAUGUUGGAAUCCCAGGAUUGGACGGUAUCCCCGGAGUCAAGGGUGAAAUAGGAGAGCGAGGUGAAAAGGGUGAUAUGGGUGAAGACGGUCCGAAAGGCGAUAUGGGGGAGAAGGGAGACGCAGGCUCCUCUGCAGCUGGCAUCAAGGGUGAACCUGGAGAGCCUGGACGAAGUGGAUACAAGGGAGAGCCAGGACUUCCAGGGCUGCCUGGACUCCCAGGGAUAAAGGGUGAGCCUGGGUUCCUCGGCCCCCAGGGAGAGCCAGGGCUUCCCGGACUCCCAGGAACGAAGGGUGAGAGAGGAGACCACGGGCCACCAGGGAAGGGUGAGCGCGGAGAAAUUGGAUAUGUUGGACCAAAGGGGUCACAAGGAGAGACGGGUACACCUGGUAAUAAAGGGUCGAAGGGGGAGACUGGAGAUAAAGGAGACUUGGGAACCUUCGGCCCGAAGGGGCCCCCUGGGCAGAAAGGAGACCAAGGGGCCACUGAAAUCAUCGACUACAAUGGAAACAUACAGGAGGCUUUACAGAAGAUUACCACUAUUACAGUAACGGGGCCUCCAGGGCCUCCGGGGCCAAUCGGACCUCAGGGUGUAAAGGGGGAUCGAGGUCUGCCUGGUCUCCCUGGACUCGAUGGAGAAAGAGGCUAUAAAGGUUCAAAAGGAGACAUGGGAAUGCCUGGAGCUUCAGGGGAGAAAGGAGGAUCUGGUUUAACUGGUCUACCUGGUGUGAAUGGGGGAAAGGGGGAAAAGGGAGACCUGGGUCUACCUGGUACUCAGGGUACUUCCAUUAUUGGCUCUCCAGGGCCUCUAGGGCCCCAUGGACCACCAGGACCCAUGGGACCCCACGGUUUCUCCGGAUCAAAGGGUGAACCUGGAUUGCAUGGUUUGAAGGGGAUGCGAGGGGAACUGGGUCACAAAGGGGAUCGCGGACCUCUGGGUCUCCCUGGAGCCUCCGGCUUGGACGGCAAGCCCGGAAUUGGGGGAAUGGAUGGACCGUCGGGUCCAGCUGGUCCCGCUGGGCCAAAGGGCGACAUAGGUGAGAGAGGAGCACAGGGUGAGCCAGGACCGAGGGGACCUUAUGGACUACCUGGAGCUGCUGGAACACCAGGCUUGGACGGGUUGCCGGGCUUAAGGGGAGAGAAAGGCGACGAUGGGGAAAGAGGAGAAAAGGGGGAGAAGGGAAAGAAGGGCAAAAAAGGGCCUAAGGGGGAGAAAGGAGAACAGGGUGCCCCUGGAUUAGAUGCACCCUGCCCAUUGGGCCCAGAUGGAUUACCAAUACCUGGAUGCUGGCAGAAGUGAUCACUCUAACCUGAAACGCAUGGAGUUUGUAAAUAAUGCUUCUUUUAUGGUAUUUAUAGUUUUUUUUAAUGGGGAAAAAAAAAAAAAAAAGAAUAGUCCAAAAGAGAAAAGAAGAAGUCUAUGUGUACAAUGAUACAAAAGAGGAAAAAAAAAGAUAACCGUCCCUAAGCUGCUUCUACUCACAUCGCUGUGUGAAAAACAAAAAAAAACAAACACGUGUGUGUGUGUGUGCUCUCUCGCAUCCACGUCGUGGUGGUCGAGUUCAGAUCCUCGGCUGGCGGCAGAACUUGUCUCUUUAGAGUCUUUGCAUGGCUCAGAGUGGAGUGUCGCGGCCCACCCAGAUUCUCGAGGGGGGAAAGGAGACGGAGGAGACGGAGGAGGAGAGGAGGAGGAGGAGGAGGAUCUGGACUGGCUCUCUAACACCAAACGCUAUAGGUGUUUUGUGUUGUUUCGUCUCACCACCCCCUUCACGCAGCAUCAUUUUCUAGAAGACUAAAAAAAAGACUGUGCCAAACAGAACAUUGCACCCCUGACCCCCCCCCCUGCAAAAGCAUGAGUAGUGUACUGAAUCUAUAUUUAUAUGUAUUGUACAUACAUGUCACUGUUUUGUGGUCGCGUCAUGGCUUCUGCAGAGAAAGAAACACAACACUAACAUAGAAAAACAAACCCAGAGCUCUAAAUCAGUAAUUUUUUAUUUUAUUUUUUUUGCUUUCCUUCAAUCCUCCCAAGGGAAUCACGCCAUGGCUGGUAGCCUGAAAACCCCCCCUCCCACAGAAAGUAGACCUGUUGGUUAUUGUUGCUUUAUUGUGGUGCAGCCUGCAGGAGGGUCUGACAUCUGCAGGGGUUUUUUUCACUGUUGCACUUGUGGCCCAGCGUCAGUGGCACCGCACGUCUCCGGACAGCCGGGGGCAGGAAAACAAAACAAGGAUUUGGGACCGGACAGGUCUACUCGGGACCCCCCCCCUCUCUUUUUCUCUCGAAGGAUUCUGCAGGGGAGUCGUGGAGAUCUGCCUCUCAGGGUCAAUACUGAGAGCGUCAACAGAUUGCAAUCACUUAUAUCUUUACUUUAUUCUUUCUUUUUUUUGUUUUUUUUUUGCUCUCAUUCUUAAACAUUGUUUGUAUUUUGUGUAUAAUAGCCUUUGGUGCCUCAAGCUUUUAUUCAUUCCUUUUUAUCAGAAACUUUAUAUGAUGUUUUUAAUUUGAGGGAAUGGUGUUGAUUUCAGAAGGGGUAAGCUUUGGUUGUAUUGUAUUGAGAAGAUGCUCUGUUUCUCAUAUAAUUUUUUUACAGGAUGUUGAAAUAGUGUGAAGGUUGUAGCUUCAGAUUGUGUCCAUCAGCCUCCGAUCUCACUCUUGUUUUUUUUUCUUUGUUUGUGUGGAACACAUCCUGCGUUGUUCACUCUGGGAUGUUAUUUGUGCAGCGUUGUCAGUUCACUGCAUGAACGCAGUUUAUUCUUGGAUGUUGAGCGUAAGCGUUGCGGAGGAGGAGCGCACAGUUUUGUUUCAUGCAGGGACAAACAGUCACUGGUGUUUCUGAUGUCGUAUUAAGGCAGAUUAUUAUCUGUUCCACCUCAAGAAUUGUCUUAAACAUAUAGAAAACACAGAAAACAUGUCAGGAAAGCUGCAAUUGUCUGUUUCCAUAAAUGGAACCACAAGCUAAAGCGUGGCCAGUUAUGUCACAUUCCAUAUCGGAUGGAGCAAAAAUAAUCGGAGCUAGAUUUAUUUUUCAGUUUUCAUGAAUUCAGAUUCCUCCCGUCGCAGUUUGUGCUAUGCGAGGUGACACUCGCAGUCUUUUUCUUCAACAUUGCAAACGUAUGUGUGAGUGAUUUACUGUCAGGGCAGAUGGGAAAAAACAAAAACCAACAUUUUGUUGUGAUGUAGCAGCAACCACAGGUGGACUGGAGAGGAUGUCUGGUUCCUGUUUGAUUGUACAGUUCAUCUCGUCAUUAUAAGGAAAGGAGACACACAGAUUAUAAUGGUGCUAACUGAUAGUCGGCCCAGUUCACGUGCUCUAACAGUGGCAAGAACAACACAACAGGUUUCUUUAUUGUUGUUGGUUUUUUUUAUGUAUGUAACAAUUUAAGGUUUUUUGUGCAUAUAUUUGUGUCAGUAUUUUAAAUGGUACGUUAUUUAUUUUUUUCUAUAAUUUCUUACAUGAAGGCAUUUUUGGUUCGGAACAGCAUUCCUCUCAGUAGUUUUCUUUUUUUGGGCUUUGUUUCUUUUCCGCCGCGGCGAAUUUUGGAUCGCGCGAAGGCAUUGUAAAACAGUUAUGCUAAGUGGCAUAAUUGUGAAACAGUUAUGCAAAGUGGCACAGCGUGAAGGAAGUUGGUCAUUUUUUACAAAUUACAGUGUGCAUUCAGAUUAUAGGCCUUUAUAAUGGAAUACAUCUGCUUUUAUUUAAUUUAGUGCGUCAGAACGCUAAGUAUGACAACAAGGUACUGGGGCCCGAGCGUUGACGGGCCCAGCCAAUGCAACCACGCUAAACAUCACAGCUUUUUCUCAUGCUCUCUCUCUCUCUCUCUCUCUCUCUCUCUCUCUCUCUCUCUCUCUCUCUCUCUCUCCUCUUUGCAUUGAAUGUAGUUUGAUAUAUGUAUAGUGGAUUAUUAUUACUGUACUGUUAAGAUGUGUGCUCAUUUGACAAUAAGUGCAAUUUAUACUUUGGUUAAUGUGUGUAGCAUCAAAUGCAGCUGAACUGUCACACGACCUGUGAUCUCUGUAGCUCCAUUUGUUCAGUCAUGCUACCCUGUGUUACCACUUCCUGGAAAAAGAAAAUGUUUAUUUACAAAGAAACCAUUAUGAACACGGACCUUUCAUUAAGUCUCAAAUUAUUAACUGUCCCUUCACUCAUGUUUUAAAGUGAUUUUCCAAUACUUCAUAUUUAGGUUUUUUUUCAUCUUGUGUUUUGACAUCCGGACUUUGUUACAGUAUUUGUUCUCACAAGGUGCUGUAUCUUUAGCAUGUGCAGCUAAAUUUUUCUAAUUGAUUUUUUUUUUUUAUUUGAUUGAUUUUGUUUGCAUUUGUUUGAUUGUAGCGUUUCCUGGAUGAAGUUUCACAUGUAGAUUAUUCUGCUGUUAGCGGAAGUGCCAAAAUGUUAUUUCCGUUUCAGUAUUAGCAGAGCGACUGCACAUUUGUCAGUGCUCGGCGGUCUUUCACCUUUCAGAACAAAGGCGUCGCUUUGGGAUAAUUGACUAAUUUAGCGCAUUUUUCUGAAAGACAGCACCGGUCUCUGGUUAGAAAUCGGAACAUCUCAUACUUCUGUACCCUUCCGAUGCACUGCAGCCUUACUGAAGUAACUAUUUUGCCACAUUCUCUCCAAAAUAAAACACAGUUGUGGCUCAAAAUGCAAAGUAAAAUCCACUUUGUGGCUUUUUUGAGUCACAACCUCCCUUUUGUUGUGUUGUGGCACAUGUUAAAUUUAUGUUCUGCAUUUGUGUUACUCUUUCCUUUUCUUUUCUUUUUUACCCACUUGAUUGACAUUUCUUUGAAGACCCUUGUGUUCACACAAUCUUAUAUUUGAAGAUGACAUUUCAUAUGACUGUACUGUUGGAGCCAAAUAAAUGCAGUCUUUCAAAUACA